AUGCAGCUAUUGGCCCAGUCUAUCAUGCAGAUAUUAGCCCAUUCUAUCAUGCAGCUAUUGGCCCAGUCUAUCAUGCAGAUAUUAGCCCAUUCUAUCAUGAAGCUAUUGGCCCAGUCUAUCAUGCGGAUAUUAGCCCAUUCUAUCAUGCAGCUAUUGGCCCAGUCUAUCAUGCAGAUAUUAGCCCAUUCUAUCAUGCAGAUAUUAGCCUAUUCUAUCAUGCAGGUAUUAGCCCAGUCUAUCAUGCAGAUAUUAGCCCAUUCUAUAAUUCAGCUAUUGGUCCAUUCUAUCAUGCAGAUAUUAGCCCAUUCUAUCAUGCAGGUAUUAGCCUAUUCUAUCCUGCAUCUGUUGGCCCGUUCUAUCAUGCAGAUAUUAGCCUAUUCUAUCAUGCAGUUAAUUAAUACUUUCCGGUUUGCCAAUUAUAUGAGUGUAUUUAUACCCGUAUCUAUUUAUUUGCGGGUGUAUUUAUCCUAUCCUAUCCUAUCUAUCUAUCUAUCUAUCUAUCUAUCUAUCUAUCUAUCUAUCUAA